AGUUCUGAGAGUUCCUGUAUUGGAAUGUACCGCAGUAAAACUCCACUACCCACAAUGCCCCGCGUCGGCUCCAGCCCCCAACUGCAGACGUUUUGGCGUAAAACUCAAAUCACGAGCGGGAGAAGAAUCAGUCGGUUCCUGAAAGUCCGCGGCGACGAUCCAAAACGGGUUAAAACCCGAAUCAUGCGUUUUUAAUGAAAACACUUGUUUUCUGAACGAGUUGAAAAAGCUGCGACUCGAUCGAUCGAUUCGUUUUUCACCGUCGAAGAAGAAGAGGAAGAAGAAGAAGAGGAAGAGUAACGGUGGAGACGUGAUUUAACAGAUUGAAGAUGAUCAUGAAGGGGCAGAAGCGUAAAUUCCCCCCAGAGGACGUGGAGGUGUCCGACCGGAGCAGCCUGACCUGGGAGAGCCAGCGGCAGUUUGUGUUCUCCGUCUCCCUGAGCAAGUACCAGCGAGGCCAGGAGCUGCCGGAGCCCAGCCUGCGGCGGUCGGUGCUGAUCGCCAACACGCUGCGGCAGAUCAGCCUGGAGGCCUGCGGAGCCGCCUCGGUGGAGGCCUCACCAGGCAGCUCUUCAUCUGAGCUCCCGGCGGAAGAGGAGGAGAGUGUUUUCACCGGAACUCCUUCAGCAAGACACCAACCUGCAGAAGCGGUGAUUAACGGCCACUCAGCACUUUCCACCGGCCCCGUGGUUUCCUCUGGUUACUCAUCAAAUUGUGUUACAAGUAGGUGUCCGGCAAGCUGCCACUCGUGUACAUCAAAUGUUCCCCUGUCUUUAGGAGACGAAGACGAGGACUGGGGGUCGAUGACCACUGAUCCUGAUUUCUCCCUUUCAGCAGCCAUUUCCUCCAUUCUCUCCGCACUGGACUCCACCAUUGACGGGAGCCCUCAGGCAGCUCCGCGGACGCCCCUCCGCUCCCUGGAGAACCUGUCGAGGUCCCCGGAGGGAAGCACAGCGUGGGUGAAACAGGGAGUCAGGGGUUAUGGGGGGGGCAGCUGGGAGCCGCAGGAGGAGUGCAGGGUGCGGGAUAGCAACGUGGAGGUGAUGUGGUCCAGCUACCUCAGUGAUCUCACUGUGGAAGAUCUGUUCCAGGACAUAGACACGUCCCUGCUGGAGAGAGACAUGGGAGUGCUCGGGCUCAGAGGCAGCGGGGGUGGAUUCCCAGCCGGGGAGGAUCUUCUCCGCUACCUGCCGCCGUUCUCUCCCGCCUCGCACCCCUUCUCCCUCUCGCUCAACCAGAAUCUGAAGUGUCUGCCUUCUUUCUCCUCAUUCAGCCCGGUGUCGUCCUCGUCGUCUUCUUCGCCCUCUCUGUCCUCGCCACCGUCUUCUCUCUUCUCCGGCCACAGUCAUGCAAGAGAAGGACUGGAGCUGGAGCACCUGAUGGAGAUCCUGGUGGAGUCCUGAGAGACUCGUCAGCUUCAUCAAACCCUAAACAGGAAGUCACCUGAACACCCUUUAACUAACUAACUGAACAAAAACUGAAUUCUUCAAAUGGACUGUCAAACAUGUCCAAUAUUCUCUUUGCUGUUCAUAUAUGUAUAACUGCUCAAUGAGCGAUGUAUUAGAAGAUGUAGAAAGUAGUAGGAAUGUUAUCGAGAGGUAGAAAUGGUUCAUGUUUAAGACAGAAAAUACAAAAGAAGCUGUGAUGCAUCGGACAGCUCCUGUUGUAAGUGGAAAUUCAAAAUCCUGAACAGGAAGGAUUUGUGUUUCUGCUGAAAGAGAGAUCGAGUGAGGGGGAGAAUCAAGUCAGUGAGUCACUGCAUAAUGAAAUGCAUUUUAUUAACAAUUCCAGUGUGACUCAGAUAAUUGGAAAUAGUGAAGUUCAGUGUUAUCUCGCAGUUUGUGAAGUCCUGGUGUUAACACAGGAGACGUGGACCGAAUUCCUUUAGAACCAGAGUGAAACGUGAGCGUGAGAUCAGACAGGAUGGGAUGGUGUGGGAGGAGCCUGGUUGAAACACUAAAGUUAUUGGUCAAAUCUUCUGUGAAGAAAUUCUUUAACCUCAUAUUUAUCAGUUGGUUGUAGCGGAGGGAAUCACGUCAGAUAUGAAGAGAUCAGGUCGGGAAGACGUGGCGGUUAGACUCGUUCAGACCUGGUUUAACAUCGUGAGGGAUCAGAUCUCCGGACACACUCUGGUCCAGUCAGACCUGAACGUACCGCUGUCAUCUGAUCUCUCAGGACGGAUCCAGGUUCAGGUCCGAACAGGGACAUGGUAGCUUGAAACUGAGAGAUUAAGUGGUUCGACCAGGAGAAGAAAUCCAGAAGAACCAGUAUUUUGUGCAGUUAGCAAAGAAAAAGAAACGAAACUGAAAGUUUUAAUCGUGUUUAAAUCACCAGUUAUAUUUUAGUAACCAGAAGUUGGAGGUGCAUUAUAAUUACAUUUCAUUCUGUAUUCGCAGUAAAGAAAAAAGUUGUCCUUCCAUAUAGGUCUUUGGAAAAAAGCCCAACUCUUUAAAAACCUGUUUAAACCAGUUGACAGUCAAAUCAUGUCUCAUGUGAGAAGUGAAACCAGAAAGAGUUUCAUCCCACACGUUUCCUCUCAGAGGAUCUGAGUUCAGCUGAGGAGCCACAGGAACCUUCCUCACCGUCCUGUCACGGUUCCUCACACACAAGUAUUUAUCUUCCUUUAGAACAUGCUUUUAUUCAAAGAGCCUUAACAGUUCUGUGCCAAAUCAGGCCCCCCCCCCCCACCCUGUAGGUGCCACGUUAUUUAAAGUCACAACCACUACUCAACCACUUCUGUUAUACAGAUGUAGAAGUUUAGUUUACAUCUGAGAUAUUGCACUUUGUUGAUGAUAUGCAUUUAAAAUCUGGUGCCAUGUGGUUUAUGUUUUACUCUGUAUUUAUUUAAUGUUACAUUACAGGUAAGAUUUGGCCCGACUGUCCCUCGUCAGACCCGUUAGGUAAAGAGUGGUCCUGUUCAGUGUUCUGUGAACUGUAACGUCAUUGGUUCUAGAUAUUGAUCUGUCGUUAUAACAAACACUGCUGUAACCACGUGACGGGGGGGGGGGGGGGGGGGGGG